GCCCGCUGCCGCCAUCUUGGACCUGGCACUAGCGAGGGGCGGCGGAGUCCGGGCGGGGGGCGCCCGCCUGUGUAGCCAUGGCAACCGUCGCCGCAGGGCAGGAAAUGGCAUCGGACGUUCCUCCCUUGGGAGCAGCUUCGGGCACGUCGGGAUCAGCCGCAGGAAGCCUCAGCCAGAGAAACAGCAAGCGGAGGACGGGGCUCGAGUUUGACGAAGAUGGCGAAGGGAACAGCAAAUUUCUCAGAUGUGAGGAUGACCAACUCUCCACGGACAAAGAGCGGUUUGCUAGGUCUGAUGACGAGCAGAGCUCAGCGGAUAAGGAAAGAUUGGCCAGGGAGAACCACAGCGAGAUUGAACGCCGGCGCCGGAACAAGAUGACGGCUUACAUCACCGAGCUCUCCGACAUGGUGCCCACCUGCAGCGCCCUGGCCCGCAAGCCGGACAAACUGACCAUCCUGCGCAUGGCCGUCUCCCAUAUGAAGUCGCUGCGGGGCACCGGGAACACCUCCACGGAUGGCAGCUACAAGCCAUCUUUCCUCACCGACCAGGAGCUGAAACACCUGAUCCUGGAGGCAGCCGACGGCUUCCUCUUCAUCGUCUCCUGCGAGACGGGCCGGGUGGUUUACGUCUCCGACUCGGUGACGCCCGUCCUGAACCAGCCCCAGUCGGAGUGGUUUGGCAGCACCCUCUAUGACCAGGUGCACCCCGAUGACGUGGAGAAGCUGCGGGAACAGCUGUCCACCUCGGAGAACGCACUGAGCGGCCGCAUCCUGGAUCUGAAGACGGGGACGGUCAAAAAGGAGGGUCAGCAGUCCAUGAGGAUGUGCAUGGGGUCCCGAAGGUCCUUCAUCUGUCGGAUGAGAUGUGGGAACGCAACCGUCGAUCCCGUCUCCAUGAACCGGCUCAGCUACAUGAGGAAUCGGUGCAGGAACGGGCUGGGUGCCAUCAAAGAGGGGGAGCCCCAUUUUGUGGUCGUCCACUGCACGGGUUACAUCAAAGCUUGGCCACCAGCAGGAGUUUCCCUGCCCGACGACGAUCCAGAUUCUGGACAGGGCAGCAAAUUCUGCCUGGUGGCCAUCGGCAGGUUGCAGGUCACCAGCUCCCCCAGCUGCGCAGACAUGAACACCGUAUGUCAGCCCACCGAGUUCAUCUCCCGCCACAACACCGACGGGCUGUUCACCUUCGUGGACCACCGCUGCAUAGCCACGGUGGGCUACAAGCCCCAGGAGCUCCUGGGGAAGGACAUUGUCGAAUUCUGCCAUCCCGAAGACCAGCAGCUGUUAAGGGACAGCUUCCAGCAGGUGGUGAAGUUAAAGGGUCAGGUGCUGUCCGUCAUGUUCCGUUUCCGAUCCAAGAACCGCGAAUGGCUCUGGAUCCGGACUAGCUCCUUCACUUUCCAGAACCCCUACUCGGACGAGAUCGAGUACAUCAUCUGCACCAACAUCAAUGUGAACUUCAGGGAUGGGGCGGGGAAAACAGCCGCACCCGAACCAAGAGAGGCUGGGAGAGUCUGUAGACCAACCGACGGGGGCCAAGUUGCCUCAGGAGCUCCCCAAGGGAAUGUCAGCCAGGACACCCGCCCUGCCAGCUCGAACGCGAUGCAGAGGCCCCAGCUAGGCCCCAAUGUCAGCCUGCCUUUGGAGAUGGGCUCGGGGCACCUGGCCGCCAGGACACAGCCAGCACAGCCAGCGGAGCUAGAUGUGGUUCCUGGGAGAGAAAGCUUAGCCAGCUACGAGCAUCCGCAGGCUGCCCUUCAGGCCGUGAGUGCCUCUGGCCCCGAGCACAGCAAGCCUCUGGAGAAGCCCGAGGUCCUCUUUGGCCAGGAGCGAGACCCUCGCUUCAGCGAGAUCUACAGCGGCAUCAGUCCAGACCAGACGAAGCCCAUUUCGGCCAACUCGGUGCCCACCAGCCAGCCCCUCUUCGCCCCAGGAAACAGCUUCGGGGCUUCCCGCCCAGCUGAGAGCUUCCGCAGCAGCAGCAGCCUGGCACCCCCAGUGAACGUCCUGCAGCCUGGCCGGGCGCACUCGACCUCAGCCGGACCCAUCCUGGCCCAUCUCUCUCGCCACGCCAGCCCCAGUCAGGUCUCUGGAAGCGCCUGGCCUUCAGGAUCACGUCCGCCUUUCACGGCCCAACCAGCAGCUUCCCAGUCAGUGAAGACUCGCCCCCCCUCGUUUGCCAUGGGCAGCUUCCAGGCCACGCCGUCCUCCUUCGGCCCCAUGCCGAAUCCCGGUUCCGCAGCCUCACCAGCCGGAGCUCCCUAUCCAAACCUUGCCGGUCGGAAUGCCCCUUUCGCUGCUGGAGAGAACGGGCAGAAUCCCGCCCCGUUCCAGGCACGGACGGCAGAAGGAGUCGGCGUUUGGCCACAAUGGCAGAGCUCAGGCGAGUCCCAUGUCCAGCAGCAGCAGUCUGCCCAGCCAGAAGUCUUCCCGGAUAUGCUGUCUAUGCUGGGGGAACAAGGAACCAACUACAGCAGUGAAGAAUUUCCUGAACUGAACAUGUUUCCGCCCUUUUCGGAGUAAGCGAGGGAGAUGACCUGCCCCUGAUGGGACAUUAUUCUGUGUAGCAGCGUGGAGACGGGUCUCUUCUUCACUCCCCCUGACCCUUUGCAAAGAGCCCCCAAGUCUUCCUGUGGGGGUGGGGGAAGAGAAGCCUCAGGGGGGAGUCGCAAACACAGGCAGGCUGAGGCUGUUAUCGCACCACCAAAUUUCUGGGACUGCCCAGGAAGACCCUCCCUCUCUGCCAGCCCAUGACGGACAUUAGUUGGAUUUUGGAGACCCUCCGAGACGUAUUCGGGUAACCUUGGAAGGAACCGAUGGGAUCUAUUUUUUCCCCCUUCGACAUCCAACACGGGAAAAGAUGCUUGGGAAGGCAAAUGGUCAGCAAGGGUGGGUUUUUUUUCCUCCAGUCUUGUUUUUGUUUUUAAUUCUACGAUGUAAUCUUUUAUACCUACCUUGUAUUCUCAUUUAUAUACAUUGCGGGAGCCGAAUUUUGUUGAGAGGCUCCUGCUUCGUAGGCGGUUUUGUGACUUGUGAACCGGGGAGAACUCCCCGCCCUGUGUUUCUUUCCUGGCACGUUCGCACACACGUGUCUCUUAUCUCUCUCACAAGCAGUAUUAAUGAAAUGCGGGUGGGGGUGGCUGACAUGCCCCCCCCUCCUCAUCCGUUCUCUUUGUUGGUUAGCUUGUCUUGCCACACCUCUUUCAGGACAUGUUGUGCUUUGUGCUUGGAGACUGUGCUGGCACAAUCUUCAUCGUGAAAAUCCCCUUUUGGGGGUUUGCGAUUGACAAUCAUGGUGGACUGCCAGGAGAAAAACGGUCCCUGUUUUAAAAUAAUGUUUAGAGCCCUGAUUCGGGGAGGGGCUGUCCCAUUCUCGGAAAGUAGGGAAAGGAUGCUGAUUUAAUCCUGGAGAUGAUCAAGGAAGCUGGUUGGCACCUUUUCAGAGCUGGUGCCAUUGGGACUCGGUUGGUUGGUGGUUCUCCGACCUGGGUGAUAAGCAUGGGUCGGGGUGCUUUCCGGCGCCCCCUCCCCUCCCUUCCCAAUCUGUGUGUGAAGCCCCUUUUCCUCUUUUCUUGUAUGUACUUUCCCACGGGAACACCUAAAAGCCAUAAAAAUUGCACAAAGAGUA